AUGUGUGAGGAGGAGGAGGAGGUCAGAGUGUGUGGAGGAGGAGGAGGUCAGAGUGUGAGGAGGAGGAGGAGGUCAGAGUGUGAGGAGGAGGAGGAGGUCAGAGUGAGGAGGAGGAGGUCAGAGUGUGAGGAGGAGGAGGAGGAGGUCAGAGUGUGUGUAGAGGAGGAGGAGGUCAGAGUGUGUGUAGAGGAGGAGGAGGUCAGAGUGUGUGUAGAGGAGGAGGAGAGUGUGAGGAGGAGGAGGAGGUCAGAGUGUGAGGAGGAGGAGGAGGUCAGAGUGUGUGUAGGAGGAGGGGGUCAGAGUGUGUGGAGGAGGUCAGAGUGUGAGGAGGAGGAGGGGAGUGUGAGGAGGAGGAGGAGGUCAGAGUGUGAGAGGAGGAGGAGGUCAGAGUGUGAGGAGGAGGAGGGGGGUCAGAGUGUGUGGAGGAGGUCAGAGUGUGAGGAGGAGGAGGGGGUCAGAGUGAGGAGGAGGAGGUCAGAGUGUGAGGAGGAGGAGGAGGUCAGAGUGUGUGUAGGAGGAGGAGGAGGUCAGAGUGUGAGGAGGAGGAGGAGGAGGAGGAGGAGGUCAGAGUGUGAGGAGGAGGAGGAGGUCAGAGUGUGUGUAGGAGGAGGAGGAGGUCAGAGUGUGAGGAGGAGGAGGUCAGAGUGUGAGGAGGAGGAGGAGGUCAGAGUGUGUGUAGGAGGAGGAGGAGGUCAGAGUGUGAGGAGGAGGAGGUCAGAGUGUGAGGAGGAGGAGGAGGUCAGAGUGAGGAGGAGGAGGUCAGAGUGUGAGGAGGAGGAGGAGGUCAGAGUGUGUGUAGGAGGAGGAGGGGGUCAGAGUGUGUGGAGGAGGUCAGAGUGUGAGGAGGAGGAGGGGGUCAGAGUGAGGAGGAGGAGGUCAGAGUGUGAGGAGGAGGAGGAGGUCAGAGUGUGUGUAGGAGGAGGAGGAGGUCAAAGUGUGAGAGGAGGAGGAGGAGGUCAGAGUGUGUGUAGGAGGAGGAGGAGGUCAGAGUGUGAGGAGGAGAAGAGUGUGAGGAGGAGGAGGGGGUCAGAGUGUGAGGAGGAGGAGGAGGUCAGAGUGUAUGGAGGAGGAGGAGGAGGUCAGAGUGUGAGGAGGAGGAGGUCAGAGUGUGAGGAGGAGGAGGAGAGUGUGAGGAGGAGGAGGAGGUCAGAGUGUGAGGAGGAGGAGGUCAGAGUUUGUGGAGGAGGAGGAGGUCAGAGUGUGAGGAGGAGGAGGAGGUCAGAGUGUGUAGAGGAGGAGGAGAGUGUGAGGAGGAGGAGGAGGUCAGAGUGUGAGGAGGAGGAGGAGGUCAGAGUGUGUGUAGGAGGAGGAGGAGGAGGUCAGAGUGUGAGGAGGAGGAGGAGGAGGUCAGAGUGUGAGGAGGAGGAGGGGGUCAGAGUGUGA